AUGAAAGAAGCCGCUCCGGAGCAAAUUAGAGAGGCCAAAAGCAAUUUAAAUAAAUUACAAAGCGAAUUAAAAGCGGAGAUUAUUAAGGUUCGCAAAGAAUUAAAAACUAAAAAAAACGAAAGUGAAGAAGAGGAGGAAGAAGAAUCCGAAGCGACCAGCGAAAGAGCCCAAAAAGAGGAAGAAUUAAUUAAAAUGCAAGAGCUGGCUCCUCACCUUGAACAAAUGCAAACUUUGGUUAAAGAAAUUAAGUUUGAUGAUCUUUUUAUGGGAGCUGCAAAGGGAGAAUUAAUUAUUAAAAACUAUCCAAAACUAAAAGAAAUAAGUGAAAAUCUAUUUCUAACUAGCAAAGGAACCACCAAACUUUUUGUCAGCAAUUGUCCAGAAUUAUCUUAUUUAAGUGUGAAAGCUUUUAAAAAACUUCAACAAUUAGAAAUAGAUGAUUGCCCUGAAUUGCACCAGAUAACGAUGACAAAAACUGAAGAACUAAUAAUAAACAGCUGUUGUCAACUAGAAGAAGUAGAUUUUGCUGGUGCAGAACUUAAAAAAAUCAAAAUAACUAACUGCCCAAACUUAAAGACAAUUUUGCUUAAUAACAAUCAAUUAAAAAACCUUGAAUUAGAACCAUUGCCUAAACUGACUAUUCUCGAAGUAGAAAAAAACGACCUAGGAAAAAUAGAGGUUGAUAAUUUUCCUAAAUUACGAAUUUUAAAAUAUAGACGUAAUCCGCGAUUAGGAGUUUUGGAUUUAAGUGGUUUAACUGACUUAAAAGAGUUUAGUUAUAGUGAAUUACCUAUAUUCCCGAAAGAUAAACGAAAACAAGUUGAAAUGCAACAACAAAUCACCGCACUUCAAGCCCAAAUCAACCAUUUAGAAAGCCAAAAUUUGCCGCAAGGAGAUGAAACCUUUGACGAAAUUCAGGAAGAAAUAAAAGCCAAAGACCAACAAAUUCAAACCCUCGAAAAUAAAAUUAAAAACUUAAUUGAAAAUAGCCAGGGUUAUCUGGCUAACCAAACUCAAAAAAUUGCCGAAGUUAAUCAAUUAAAAGAGCAAAUUCAAACCCUCCAAACGGAAAAACUUAAAUUGGAGCAAGAAAAAGAAACGCUAAUUGUUAACUUCCGCAAAGAAAAAAAAGAAACCUUGGUAGCCUGGGAAGAAGAACGGAUGCAAUUAGUUGGAGAAAUCAACAAACUCUUGCAAGAAAGAAAACACUUGAAAGACGAAAAUAAAGAUUUAGCCAAAAUCAACGAGCAAGGGGAAAACAUUCAACAGCAAUUAGAGUUAGAAAUCAUUGAAUUGCAAAAACAGUUAAAAGCCAAGGAAAAAGAACUAAAACAGGCUCAAACUGCUAAGCAACAAGCCGAAGUGGAUUUAAAGAAAAUUAAGCAAACUUUAAAAGGGCAGGUCAGCCCGGAACAAUUAGAACAAAUUCUUAAAAAUAGCCAAGAAUACGAAAAAGUUGUGCAAGAAUUAACUAAUAAAAAUCAGCAAAUCAAACAGAAUUUAGGAAAGUUGCAAGAGAAAGCGAGAUUAUUGGAACAAGCAAAAGACAAAAUUAAGAAACUAGAAAUUGAAAAACAAGAAUUAACAAAGGAACUAGGCGAAGUCAAAAAGAAAAAAAACACAGUAACUAUUAAAGUGGUCAAUUGUCCGCAAUUGAAGCAAAUUGUCCUUAAUAAUUUUCCUGCUUUGCAAAAUUUCCAGAUAGUCAAUUGCCCGCAGUUAAAUUCAUUAACCAUUAAUUCUAACGAAUUAGUAAAGUGCGAUUUGAACGGUGCUUCGGGCUUGGCUGCUCUCGAUUUAACCGGCAAUAAACUAAAAAAGUUAAACCUCCAAAACAAUAUUAACUUAACUAGUUUAAAUAUACUUUGUGCUAAUUUAGAAGAAUUAGAAUUGAAUCAGUGUACUCAAUUAAUUAACUUGAAUUUAAAAAGUAGCAAAUUGGAAGAGUUGGAUUUACGACCUAAUCAAGCCCUAAGGUCGUUAACCAUUGCUUACGAUUAUAGUUCUUAUUCGUUAAUUUCAACAACUCUUAAAGACCUUAACCUUACCGGAAAUAAAGAACUAACUAGUUUAACCCUUAAUUGUGCGGUAUUAGAAGAACUGGAUUUAAGACAAAAUACUGCUCUAAAUAGUUUAGCUGUGCUUAGCGCUCCCCUAGUUCGAGAGUUAGAUUUAAGCCAGAAUUCAAGUUUAACCAGUUUAUCUAUUCAUAGUUCAGGACUAAAAGAAUUAGACCUAAGUAAUAAUUUAAAAUUAAGCAGCAUUACUUGUAGCGGAUUAAAACCUAUUGAAACUUUAAGGCAAAAGUUAUUAGAAUAUAAAAACCAAGCCGACCAGCAAAAUAAUGCUCAAUUGUUAGAUAAGAUUAGCGAACUAGAAACAUUAAUUACUCGUUUAGAGCCGGAAAAAGAAAAAGCAGAACAACUGGCUAGGGAAUUAGCCCAGGUCAAGGCACAGAAAAUUAAGUUAGAAGAAAAAUUAAAAAAGCAUGAAAAAGAAUUAAAAGAAACGAAAAAAUUGUUAAACCAAGAGCGGCAAGCCAAAGAAGGAUUAGAAGAGCAAUUAACUGAUUUAACCCACGAAAAAGAUCAGAUCGAAAACGAGCUAACCCAAGCCCAAGAAAAAAUUAUUGAACUAGAAAGAGAUUUACGGGGAACUAAGUCCGGAACUCAAAAUCAAACCAAAAAUCAGAGCCAAGAAAUUAGUAAAUUAAAAAGAGAAAUCGAUAAAUUGCAAAACAAACUUACUAAGCAAGAACAAGAGAACCAAAAACUACAAAAAAAAUUAGGAAAAGAAGGGAUUACCAAUCAAACAGCGGAGGACUCCCCAAUUAACUGA